GGUAUGAUGUGUUCACUAGUGUCCUCCAGGGGUUCCUUGGAUGAGGACGCAUUGUCUGACUCCUUGUUGGACCUGAGUGAAGGAGAAGAAGAUGAUGGCCAUUUCAGUCUCACAGAGGAAGAGAUAGAGAAGUACUUGAAGGAGGAUGAUCUAUUAGAUGAGGAAGAGGAAAAUUCAUUGGACAGCAAUGGACCGGUAGCUGAGACUCCUGGCCUUUCCGAAUUACCUCAACUAAGUACAUCAGUUGGUCAGGGACCAAGUCCUACGAAACCAUUAAACAGACCCUUUGCACUAGAAAAGAAUCUUGUAAAAUUAACAGUUGUUGCACCAUUUAAUCCAACAGUUUGUGAUGCUGUGCUUGAUAAGGACAAGACUGAUACAUCCAAAGAUAUUGAAAAACCCUCUUCCCUUGGAGAAAAGAUUAGAGAAGAUGGGCUUAGUCCAAAUAAGAGCAAACUUUGCACUAAUUCUGAAGGGAUCAUCCCCAAUAACUCUGCCUGGGAUGGGCCCCCACUUCCUUCUCCUUCAAAUAACUUCCAACAAACUGUCCCUGAUAAAAGUAUGCCUGACAGUAAGAAACCUACACCUAUAUUCUCUCAGAUCUUGGACAAUUCAGAGACUCCUCAUAUAGGGUCAUCCUGGAGAAAUGGAUCCCAUAAAUCAAGUUGUGAAAUGAGGUUUCCAGUUGUUUCCAGUUCAUCAGACAAAGAUAUUCUUGACAAGGAUUCUGGGAAGCUGAAAGUCCCUGAGAGAAUAGGCAAAGUCAUUCCUGUUCUGCAGGCCAAAACAAGGACUAACAUUCCAACAUUUUCACAAUCAGAUCUAGAACGGAAGAAGCAAACGUAUGUUAGGAGUGUCUUUGCUCACAUAAAAGACUCAGUGGACUCUAACCAAGGUGCCUUGGUGGAACUGUGUUCUUUGAUGGAUCAAGUUCAUCAUGUGCAUAACCAUCCACAUCCUUCGGACCUCACCAUUCGAAACUAUGCCCGGUUCCGACAGAAACCUCUGGAAAGAUACAGUCUGACUCAGUGGGUUGACCGGAACAAGCGAAGCCACCAACGGUUCCAGAGUCUCUAAGAUAUCCAGUACAGU